CCAUGUUUCCGUCUGGUUGCUGUGAUAGAGACGCGACGCUUCGGAUUUUAACUUUCUGUUAUAUAUUCAGAAAAUCAUCUGAGACUGAAAAUAAUCACCUGAAAUAAAGCUGUAAAGUAACACAAUGCUAUUACAUUCACGGCAGGACUGAAGGCGUGGGAUCAGAGAGCAGUUUUAAUUUGAAGUAAUCGAGUGAGAUUAAUUGAAGGCCCGUGCGCGCUCCUGUCACGCCGCCGUCACCAUGGCGACCGCGGGACUGCGCAUCGGAGAUCAGCUGGUGCUGGAGGAAGACUAUGAUGAGAACUACAUCCCUUCAGAGCAAGAGAUCCAUGAGUACGCGGUGGAGAUCGGCAUCGACCCGGAGCGAGAGCCUGAGCUGCUGUGGUUGGCCAGAGAGGGGAUGGUGGCACCUCUGCCGACCGAGUGGAAACCAUGUCAGGACGUCAGCGGUGAGGUGUACUACUUUAACUUCUCCACCGGUCAGUCCACCUGGGAUCAUCCGUGUGAUGAACACUACAGACAGCUGGUGGAGCAGGAGCGCGAGCGCAACCAACACGCCACAGCCCCCAGCGCCCUGAAGAGAGACAAGGACAAGAAGAAGAAGAAGAAGGACAAGAAAGACAAGAAGAAGGACAAGAGGAAAGAGCUGGAGGAAGUCAGAGCUCCAGGGGUGCUGGCUCCUCUCGCUCGUCUCCGUGCUCUGUCUGACGCUCCUGUCGCUCCUCUCAGAGGAUCUGGACUCCAGCCGCUCUCUCUCGGGGCUGUGUCUAGUUCUGCUGCUGUCAGGAGCGCUGAGGAAGACGAGGAGAUCUCUGAGGAAGAGAGGCCGCGGGACUCAGCCGGACUCCUGCAGAACCUUCAUCUGGAUCUGGACGCUCUGGGAGCAGGUCUACAGUACGAGGACAGUGAGGUCAGUGUGACGGUUCCUCCUGAAGAAAGAACAGAACCUGAACUACAGGAUUUGGCCCUGUCCAGAGAUCACAGUCCAGAAGCUCCUUCAGAGGACUCGUUUGGACAUCACCUCCAUUCCACAGUAGCGUCACGACCUCUGACCCCAGAUGCUGCGGUGUCCAGCGGCCGAGAGGAAGACGAACAGAUGAGCGAAGGAGCGCAGGAGGAGAAACAGUCAGAUGAAGAGGAGAACGGACAGAUCAGAGAUGAAGAGACAGAGAACAGAGAGAGGGAGGAGGAUGAUGAACAGAUGGAGAGAUUCAACAGUCCUGAAGAGAAGGAGGAGAGAACAGAAGAAGAUAAAAGGAAAGGAAACAUAGAUGAGAACAGACAGAUGAGAGAUGAAGAGAUGCAGAACACAGAGAGCGAGGAGAUUGAGGAACAGAUCAGCAAUCCUGAGGAGGAGGAGAAGAACGUGAUGGAGGAGAGAACAGAAGGAGGAGAUCAGACGGAGAAGAGAGAUGAUGGAAACAUGGAAGAAGAGAUGACUGAAACACACAAAUGGUCCAUAAAUGGAGAAGCAGAGGCCAUCAGAAGUGUUUCCUCUGAGGAAGAGCGUCAGGAGAGUGAGGCAGAGGAGGAUAAACAUGAGGAAGAGCAGAGAGAGACUGAAGGACUCGUCUCCGAGGCUCAGAGUAACAGCUCUCGCCUUCAAGUCACUCGUGUUAAAGCAGGGAAGUUUGUGCCUCAGUGGAAUCCAGUGUCUAGUGAGGAGUCUGAGGACAGUGAAGCAGCAGCGUUGCUCUCAUCCACUGAUAAUGUGAAGGACAGGAAGGAAGCCGAGGGCGAGGCAGAUGUGGACAGAUGUGUGGAUGUCUCUGACUCUGCAGACAGGCAUUUGUCUAGUGAUGAAGAAGAGAAGAUGACACAAGAAGAGAGGGAGGAAGAGGAGAAGAGAAAGUGUGAUGAAGAAGAGAAAAGACCAGAAGAGACAGAGGAAGAGGAGAAGAGAAAGCGCGAGGAAGAGGAGAGGAAGAGACUGGAGUAUGCAGAUAGACAGAUGGAGGAGGAGAGGAGCAGACGGAUGGAGGAGGAGAGGAGCAGACUGAUGGAGGAGGAGAGGAGCAGACAGAUGGAGGAGGAGAGGAGGAGCAGACUGAUGGAGGAAGAGAGGAGCAGACUGAUGGAGGAGGAGAGGAGGAGCAGACUGAUGGAGGAAGAGAGGAGCAGACUGAUGGAGGAAGAGAGGAGCAGACUGAUGGAGGAGGAGAGGAGCAGACAGAUGGAGGAAGAGAGGAGCAGACUGAUGGAGGAAGAGAGGAGGAGCAGAAAGAUGGAGGAGGAGAGGAGCAGACUGAUGGAGGAAGAGAGGAGCAGACUGAUGGAGGAGGAGAGGAGGAGCAGACUGAUGGAGGAAGAGAGGAGCAGACUGAUGGAGGAAGAGAGGAGCAGACUGAUGGAGGAGGAGAGGAGCAGACUGAUGGAGGAGGAGAGGAGCAGACAGAUGGAGGAGGAGAGGAGCAGACUGAUGGAGGAAGAGAGGAGCAGACAGAUGGAGGAAGAGAGGAGCAGACUGAUGGAGGAGGAGAGGAGCAGACAGAUGGAGGAAGAGAGGAGCAGACUGAUGGAGGAAGAGAGGAGGAGCAGAAAGAUGGAGGAGGAGAGGAGCAGACUGAUGGAGGAAGAGAGGAGCAGACUGAUGGAGGAGGAGAGGAGCAGACAGAUGGAGGAAGAGAGGAGCAGACUGAUGGAGGAGGAGAGGAGCAGACUGAUGGAGGAAGAGAGGAGCAGACUGAUGGAGGAGGAGAGGAGCAGACAGAUGGAGGAAGAGAGGAGCAGACUGAUGGAGGAAGAGAGGAGCAGACUGAUGGAGGAGACGCAGAGGAGCAGACUGAUGGAGGAGGAGAGGAGCAGACUGAUGGAGGAAGAGAGGAGCAGACAGAUGGAGGAAGAGAGGAGCAGACUGACGGAGGAGGAGAGGAGCAGACAGAUGGAGGAAGAGAGGAGCAGACUGAUGGAGGAGGAGAGGAGCAGAAAGAUGGAGGAGGAGAGGAGCAGACUGAUGGAGGAGACGCAGAGGAGCAGAAAGAUGGAGGAGGAGAGGAGCAGACUGAUGGAGGAAGAGAGGAGCAGACUGAUGGAGGAGGAGAGGAGCAGACAGAUGGAGGAAGAGAGGAGCAGACUGAUGGAGGAAGAGAGGAGCAGACUGAUGGAGGAAGAGAGGAGCAGACUGAUGGAGGAGGAGAGGAGCAGACUGAUGGAGGAAGAGAGGAGCAGACUGAUUGAGGAAGAGAGGAGCAGACUGAUGGAGGAGGAGAGGAGCAGACUGAUGGAGGAGGAGAGGAGCAGACUGAUGGAGGAGGAGAGGAGCAGACUGAUUGAGGAAGAGAGGAGCAGACUGAUGGAGGAGGAGAGGAGCAGACUGAUGGAGGAGGAGAGGAGCAGACUGAUGGAGGAGGAGAGGAGCAGACUGAUGGAGGAGGAGAGGAGCAGACUGAUGGAGGAAGAGAGGAGCAGACUGAUGGAGGAGGAGAGGAGCAGACUGAUGGAGGAGGAGAGGAGCAGACUGAUGGAGGAGGAGAGGAGCAGACUGAUGGAGGAAGAGAGGAGCAGACUGAUUGAGGAAGAGAGGAGCAGACUGAUGGAGGAGGAGAGGAGCAGACUGAUGGAGGAGGAGAGGAGCAGACUGAUGGAGGAAGAGAGGAGCAGACUGAUGGAGGAGGAGAGGAGCAGACUGAUGGAGGAGGAGAGGAGCAGACUGAUGGAGGAGGAGAGGAGCAGACUGAUGGAGGAGGAGAGGAGCAGACUGAUGGAGGAGACGCAGAGGAGACUGCAGCUGCUCAGAGACGCUCUGAUGAAGGACGAGGAGGACGAGGAGCGCCGGAUGAAGGAGGAGAGCGCAGAGCUGCUCAGAGUCCUGAAGGAGCAGAUGAUCAAACAGAGACGAGACGAGGAGGAGCGACUGAACAACGACAUGCACACACAGCUACAGCAGCUCAGGCUUGAGAAUGAGGUGAAGCUGCAGGAGCUGCGCUCAGAGCUGGAGGCGGAGCAAGAGAGGGUGGAGACUCAGAGGAGGCAGGACCUCAAGCAUCUGAGGGAGGAGUCAGAGGAGGAGCUCCAGGCAGAGAGGAGGCGGCUACAAGAGAAGAAGGAGGAGCAGCUGACCUCCAUCAGACUACAGGAUAAACUGAGUGACACACAGAAGGAUUUGAGGAGCACACGACCAGAACAGCCUUUAGUAGAGUAUCAGAGAGAGCUCACAGAUGUGCUGCAGGAAGUCCGGGAGGAAGUCGAGAGAGAUCACAGGAGGAAACUAGAACAACUGAAGGAGGAACAUCAACAGGAGCUACAGAACCUGAGAGAGACACUCCUGGAACAGGAGAGCAGGGAGCGGGAGCGUCUGCUGGAUUCUCUUCAGAAGGAGAGAGACGCUGUGAUCUCUAAACACACAACCCAACUACACAAACUACAGCACACACUGGACACACAGCUGCAGGAGACGCGCAGGACACACUCGCAGAAGGAGUCAGAGCUACAGGAGUGGAAGGAGAAGCUGGAGAAACAAACCAAAGAACUUCACACUCAGGAGACUGAACUUCAGUCAAAGGCAUCAGAUCUGAGGAAGAGGAGACAGCAGCUGUGUGAGGAAGAGGAGGACCUUCAGAGAGGACUACAGUCUCUCCCUCUGCUGCUGAAGGAGCGUGACCAGCUGUGUGAGGAUCUGCGGAGAGAGAGACAGGAGCGAGAGCGACAGAGAGAGGAGAGCUGCAGGAUGAUGGAGGAGAGACAGCAGCUGGAGGAUAGAGUCACACUGCUGCAGGACCCUCAUCACCUCACACACACACACACACACACACACACACUGCUGCAGGAGCGAUGUGAGCAGCUCACCUCCAGAGUCAGUGAACUGGAGCAGAGCAGCAGAGCGGAGCGACAUCAGCAGCAGGACGAGCAGAAGAAGAGCAAGAGAAAGACAGAGAACGGUCUGCGUUUGGAGGAUCUGGAGACUCCACUGCUGCGGUCCGACGCCAGCGACACCAGCGUAGACGACGUGAGGCAGUACAUGUGGAAUGAGAGCGUGUCUCUCUCCAGGGCUCGUCAGUUUCUGGAGCGGCAGAGCGCUCACAUGUUUGACAGACAGGCAGCGCUGCGGGCGGCUCACAACAGUCUGAAGGACCCCACGCCUGGGAGCUCAACACAACAGCAGCUCUACCACAACCUGCAGCAGGAGGUGAGGGAUCUGGCUGAGUUGAGGGAGACACUUCUGAAGGGUCAAACGCUCCUGAAAGAAAAAGAGGAGAAACUCAACCAUCUCGAAACAUCACUGACCGAAGAGGUGUCGUGCGAUGAUGCUGAGAGGUCAGCUGAUCGUAAAGUGACGUUUGAUGUGACCGAGUCAGAGAUGAGCAGUGUGUACAGCCCAGAGGGAACAGUUCCAGUGAAGGUGCAGCAGCUGGCCGACUCUCUGCAGCUGAUCUCAGGUCAGCUCAACUCUGUGUUAGGAGCUUUGGGUUCAGUGACACACAAACAGACUCCGCCCCCUCUUACAACACCCCUGUUGCCCCGCCCCUCCUGGGCGUGGCCUACAACCCCCUCCCCUUCACUGGCCAACGGACUCUCACACAGAGCCACAGACUCACUGCAGACGCGCUGGAGCGGCCUGAGCUCAGAAACCAGCAGAGCGCACAUGACCUACUCAGGAUACACACCACCAAGUCUGUCGAGUCUGCGUCCAUCAGAGGUCGAGGGUCAGCGGCUGCAGGGUCUUAUUGAAGGAAACAAACGCUGGCUAGAGGCUCAACGAAAGAACCGCAACAUUCCUCUGUUCCCGAGUCUCAGGAGCGCGUCCAGCGGCGGAGGGUUAGUUCAGCUCAGCCUCGAUGACAACAACCAGAUUAAAGUUCAUCAUUACUAAAGAUGAAGCAGUGUGUGUGUGUGUGUGUGUGUAUGUUCAUGAGCUGUAAGAUCUCUGCAGGAUUUAUAUGCUUACAAACUAUUUAAUUUGCAUUCUUAUUUGUAUAGCGGUUGUACUGUAUUUUUGUAAAAAAUAAAUUAAUUUAUUACUUGA